AAGAAGCAAGUCGGUGAGGACAAUGGAUAAUCACCAAAAGAGGAAUCUUACUUUUCUCACCAUUGGACUGAUAUUUAUGCUGAGUGGCGUAGAGUACGCUGUCAUUCUGCCUACAAUAUGGAGGUAUCUACAGAUUUUGGAGGCCCCACCUUACUUCCUGGGUCUCGGUCUGUCUGCCUUCAGUUUGAGUGCGCUGGUCACGGGCCCGCUAUUUGGCAUCUGGUCAGAUCGAAGCAAAACUACAAAGUCCAUUGUCCUUUUCUCAAAUGUUUUCGAGAUUGUUGGUAACUUUAUGUAUUUCAUUGGAUACUCAAAGUGGCUUUUGUUAUGCAGUCGGAUUGUAGCAGGUGUCGGAGCAGGAGCCGGGUCCUCCAUCUUUGGCUUUUUGACUCGGAGCACUCAGCCGGAGGAGCGAGCUGGAAUAUUUGCCGCCAUCAUGGCCGGUCGACAAGCCGGUCUUCUUGUCGGGCCGGCGUUCAACCUGUUCCUGCGGCUGUGUGAUUUCAAACUGGGGCCCUUUGUUGUGAACAAGUAUACGUCUCCUGGGAUCUUCAUGUGCCUGUUGUGGGUGCUGCUCCAGUUUGUCGUCCUGGCUAUGUACUGGGAUGUACCACCCAUUAGCUGCGAGGGGGGAGCCACGAUGAUGGAGAUGAAACAGGAGGAGGUAGAGGAAGAGGUGCCGCUCAUGGGGUCUGACGAGGAGCCGGUGCACACCUACAGAGCCCUCAACUCCGACCAACUGGAGACCUCCACCUCGUCUGACAUGCAACCCGUCCACAGAGCUUCGGACCCCUUCCGAAACUUCAGCGCCAGCAGAGAGUUCCUGAGAGAAGAGGUAGUUGUUGUCCUCACGGCUCAGUUCAUCACUCUCUUCAAUCAGACGGCGCUGGAGACCAUGGUGACCCCUCUUACGCAGCGCUACUUCAACUUUGGCGAGCUGGGCAACAGCCUCAUGUACAGCCUGUGCGGGGUGGAGGUCAUCCUGGGCUUCUUCUUUGUACGCUGGCUGAGCAGGAAGGUGGCGGACCGCGCCGUGCUGGCAGCGGGCCUGGUCAUCUGCUGCACCGCCUGUAUCUGGUGCCUCAUCUUCCUCUGCAACCCCCGAGGUGGUUAUGGAUGGGAGCUGUCGGCCUUCAUCAUCGGAGUGUUUCUGCAGCUGCUGGGGCUUCCCUUUGUGGCCGUGUCUCAGGUGUCUCUCUUCUCCAAAGUCACUGCUGAGAAAACACAAGGAUUCAGCCAAGGUGUCAGACGCUCAGUUGGGGGCCUGGCCACAAUCUUGGGUCCCUUGUGGGCUGGAGGAUUGACUAAUAAUUUGUACAUAAUGUUGGGCAUGAUGCUGGCACUACUCCUUAUGAUCACAGUUAUGACAGCACUGUCCUACGACCGCCUGACUGAGCCGCGAGCGGUGCAGAGUGCACAGAGCUCUGACAGCGGAGGAUAGAGCUGCAGUCCUUCUGAAGAGCAGGAGAGGCUAAAGACGGACAGAGGGAGCGCCCUUCACCUCUGAGAGAAUCAAUACAGGUUUACUGCAGAGGGAAAUGUAUGAAUGUGGAAUAAAAAAUGUUCAAAACACAUGCUGGACCUCAGAAGCUGCUGUAAAGGUGAUCACACUCUUUCACGGUUAAAUAACACUGUACGUUUCUAAGCUGUGCUAUCAGAUUCAAUUAUAAUUGACCUUAGGUGCAUAUUUACUAUCAGACUGUUAAUUAUAUUUUACACAAGGGGGCACCAUUGCUCUCAUAUUGAAUAUUCAGAGGCAUAAAUGAAGAUGAAAGCCAUUAUUUUUAAACCAAACUAUUUUUAUUCCCCCGGUGUUCGUUGGAAAAAAAUAAAUAAAUGAGAGAAGGAAGCAGGUUUUUCCGAGUGACCUUUGCAGCAAAGCUUUGUUUCUUGUCUUUCUUCCUUUGGAAAAAAAAGAGAGAGACGGAGAACAGAUGACACAAUGAGUCCAGAUGUGGAGUUGUCAACAUCUGAGAAGCUCCGUGUCAGUGCUGCUGAUAGAAGAAGAAGGUCAGACAGAGUGAAGAUUUUCAGAUUUGUUGUUUUUUUUUCCCUUCUAAUGCUGGAAUAAACUAGGCACUUGAAUGUAACACAAACAAAAAUGCAAAGCUUUGAAUGAAAGUAAACCAAG